AUGGCAGAACCAAAGUUUGGCUACGAUCAAGGGAACUUCAUCAGCGAUUUAUGGAUGUUCUGGGCCUACAGCAUUAUUGGCUUCUGAAACAAAAACAAACCGAGCCAAAACAACAUCUUAAAAAUUCCUGAUCGGAUUAAGUUUGAAGAGUCUCUUUUAGCACUAGAAAAAGAAUGGGAAAAAGAGUCAAAAAAAGAAAAACCAAGCCUUUUAAGAGCCUUAAUAAGGACAGUAUGGUGGGAGUUCACCAAACAUACCUUCAUCUUAAAUGUUGGGCAAGCUUUAGGAUUGGUCCAGGCUGUUAUCAUGAUCUUCUUGAUCAACUUUUUCACUGAUGAUGACGCUAACUCCUCAGCGUAAUAGCAACCAUUGGAAUAAUCUUAUAUUUUAGGGUAAAAAACAUCUAUGAACGAGUAAAAAUUUUUAUAAAUAAUAGAUUAAUAAAAAUUUAUUAAAUAAUUUAAACUAAACAUAAGUUUUAUAAAUAAAAUUAAUUUUAUUUCAAAAUUUUGAUAAUAUGAUUUUAUUUAAUCUUAAAAAAAAAUAUUUAAUAGAAAAUUAAAAGGAUUACCCCAAUCUCUGGGAAAGCCAAAAAUUUUGUUGACUUACUGCAGGGGAGUGAGAUCACUGAAGGAUUAUGACUUGCUGCAUGCUUAGCUGUGGCAGCCAUUUUGGGUGUUUCACUGUUCGCACUUGGGGCUUUUUAUUUGAGAAUGCUUACAAUCAAGGUAAAAUCUAUAGUGCCAUAUAUAAUUUAUAAAAAAGUUCUCAAUACUUCUUAUGAGGAGAUUACUCAAAAAGACUUCAAAGGGAAAAUGCCUAAUACAAUUGCAUCAGAUUUAGAGUACUUUAGUGGAAUUACAACGAUUUCGAUAGUGAUGGGGUGCCCGUUCCUUUUUGCAGGUGCCUUUGUGAUUAUUGGGAUUCUUAUGGGAUGGCCUGGCAUCAUAGGUUUAGCUAUUUUAAUUCUCCAGUUCCCGAUCGCAGUCGUAUUGUCUAGCUUAUCCAGCUACUACAGAAUGAAAUCAUCAGCACAUGGCGAUAAAAGGAUUAUGAUGAUUACAAACCUAAUAGAAGGAAUCAGGGUUGUAAAGCUUUAUGGAUGGGAAGAACCAUUUUUAAGGCUAGUUUAUGGGGAAAGAAAAAAGGAAAUUUCUGAGCUUCAUAAAGAGUAUGACGUAACAGCAGUCAACAACUCAUUUGGAGUUUCAGGGAUCGGAAUUGUCUUGUUAGUCACCUUUGCGCUAUAUGUCCACUCAGGUAAUGAACUUGAGGUAAGUUCAGUCUUCUGUGUGGUCGCCGUCAUGUUCAUUAUUUAUGCACUGUUAAUCAAAACAGGUGUCAUUGCUGCCUACAAUGCAGCUACAAUUAUAUUAUCAUUCGAAAGGCUCACACAAAUCCUAAUGACCGAUGAGAAAAAAAUUGACGAGAAAAACCAGCAAAAUCCUGACUCUGAAGAUCCUGUGUCAGUAGAAAAAGCUAGCUUUUCUUAUAAAUCAAAAAAAGAAGCACUAACAGAAGAAGACGAGCUGAUAGAAAAAGAUGUAGAAGAUAAAGAAGUACUCAGCGGGAUAGAUUUCAAGCUGAAAAAAGGAGAACUAUUGAUUGUUGUAGGACAAGUAGGAAGUGGCAAAACCAGCCUAUUGCUUGGGCUGCUCGACGAGAUAUUUUUGGUUAGCGGAAAGGUGGACCUUAACGGAAAAAUUUCUUAUGCAGGACAAGAGCCAUGGAUUCUGUCAGGGACUAUAAGAGAAAACAUCAUAAUGGAUAACGAAUAUAAAGAAGAACUCUACAGAGAAAUUGUCACGCUGUGCAGGCUUGAUAAAGAUUUUGACCAGUUUUUAAAUAAAGAUGAAACAAGUAUUGGUGACCAUGGAAUCACUUUAAGUGGAGGCCAAAAGGCUAGAAUAAGUCUGGCACGAGUACUAUACUCUAGCAGAGAUAUCGUCCUUCUUGAUGAUCCUUUAAGUGCAGUCGAUUCCGAAGUCAGUUCAUAUAUUUUCAAAAACUGCAUCAAAGAUUACUUGAAAAAUAAAACAGUCAUAUUAGUCACUCAUCAAAUUCACCUUAUAUCAGAAGCUGACAAACUUUUAAUCCUCAAUCAUGGAAAACAGCUGUUUUUCGGGACUUAUCAAGAAUUCCAAGAGCGAGAUGACAUAGGAGACUUCAUCGGAGAACUGAAAAAAGUCAAAAGUGAAGAUGCUAAAGAAAUUGAUUAUAGUGUGUAUAUAAAAGGAGCAGACAAAGGAGAAGCAGUACCAGGACUGAGUGAAGAAGAAAAAGACCUCCCUCCAAUCACAUUGAAAACUUACCAUCAGUUUUUUAUGUAUGGGUAUAAAUAUAAUAUUCUUAUUGUAGCAAUGAUGCUGCUAUUAGUUGUUACACAAGUUUCUAGUAUACUCGUAUUAUAUUGGCUUACUAUAUGGUCAAGUCAGUCAGAGUCUGAGCAGGAGGAUACUUAUUAUGUAUGGUUUUAUGCUGUGAUCAUAGGAGUUUGCUUUUUGUGCUCGUUUUUGAGAUGCUGGGCAUUGAAUUAUGCGAUGACUAUAGCAGGGAAAAAUCUGCAUAAUAAAGCUUUGGAAAGCAUCGUUAAAACUGAAACAGUUUUCUUUGAUAAAAAUCAGACUGGAAGAAUGAUCAAUAGGUUUUCAAAAGAUACAUUUAUGAUUGAUGAAAUGCUGCAUACAAUGUUUUAUUAUUUCGUCAAUCAAGCCUUCGAUAUUUGGGGUACUCUCAUUUCUAUUGCUAUUCUUGUGCCACCUGCUGCAGGUUUAGUGUUUAUUUACUUGUUGGUUGCGAUCUGGUUUUCUAACUCAUUAAAAUUUUUUUUUAAAAUUUUCAUUGUAAAUCUAUUGAUUGUUAUGAUUUAUCUAAAAAUCGCAAAGGUGUAAGCUAAUACUGCCAAUAGUCAAAGAUCUUGGAGCUUAUGCGUUAGCGUCAAAAAGCCCUAUUUUAAGCCUUGCCAAUGCUACUUUGCAUGGAAUUGCUACUAUAAGAACUCAUCAAAUGCAAAAUAAAUUCUUAAAAGACAUGAAGAAAAACCUCGAGUGGAAUUUCCGCUGUGAAUUCAGCAGAGAUAUAUGCAUUAAAAUAGUGUGGCGAGUCAACCCAUCCUCUUAGAUUCUGUAUUUGGAAUCCCACAAGGCGUCCAGUGACCUUGAGGAAGGGAGGAUGGCGUUCGGAAAUGUAUAUCGGCUAGACAGCGAACUCCUCUAUAAGUAUUAAUAACGAAUAUAAAUUCAGCAGGGACAUUCCUUUCAGGUUCUAUCAACUUUAUAUGGAGCUUUUUGUUGUUUUGCUAGCUGCGAUGACUGCCUUUAUUCUUGUUCCAUGGAAAGAUUUCAUAAGUGAAGAUCUUGCAGGGUUAUGCAUUUGCUUCUUAGUUCUAGCUAUGCAGCCUACCACUUCAUGGGGUGAUUCAAUGAUUGAAGUAGAAAUUUUAAUGAUUUCACCACAGAGACUGAUGGAGUAUGCUGAUAUGAAGCCUGAAGGUGAGUUUGAUACUGAAAAGCCAUUUAAGAUUACAAAUGGAAAAAUUGAAUUCCAGGAUUUGUGUAUGAGGUAUAGGGAAGGCUAUCCUUAUGCACUUCGUGAUCUUAAUAUUACAAUAGAGGCUGGACAAAAGGUAGGAAUCGUAGGAAGAACUGGCUCAGGAAAAUCCUCAAUAAUGAACGUUCUAUUCAGACUUGUCAAUCCUGCUUCUGGAACUAUUAUUAGAUUAAAUUAAUGAUAUGUAUUUAAAGUCCCUACUUCACUGCUCGCUCUGUUCCGCAGUAAUGUGCUGCGAGGUGGCAGAAUCCUACUCUUGAAGCCCAAGCAGAAACUUCAGGUUUCUCAGUAAAGAAAUGCUCAAGGACAUAAAGCUCAAUGGUCCAAGGACUUUUAUAAACAUCUCCUUUUUCAAUAUCAAGCCGGCAUAUUUUGACACCAACUCUGGAAUGCUCAUAAGCUAGAUCGUUCUCUAUACGAGAACCCUUUUCAACUAGAGAGACUUCUCACUACUACCAGCUAGUUGUCUAUUUGCUUCCUCUUUUUCCCUUCUCCCAAAGAAAAAUUCAACAGUUUUCGCUAUUCGGGGCAAAAUUCACCCUGCUCUAUCACGUACCCUCAUUAGGCUGGGCGCUACAGGGAAAAGAGAUGCAAUUUACUACUCUAAGAUUCAGGACUCAAUUCAAAGGAAAAGAGUCUCAUGUAUCUCACCUCGAAGCUACUGAACAUCGCUGGGCUAUAACUAGAUCUUAAAAGCAUUCCAUUAUAUAUAAGGACCCAUCACUGAGACGACAGAUUGUUUGCCUCCAACCAUUUAUAUACUCUGGGGACUAUUCUAAUAGAUGACCAAGACUACAGAAAUGUCGGCCUCCAUCAGUUAAGAAAACAAAUGUCUGUUAUCCCUCAAUCCCCUAUAAUAUUUAUGGCCAGUUUCAGAGACAAUAUAGAUCCAUUCCAUGAGCACACUGAUGAAGAGAUUUUAAAUAUUUGCAAGCAGUCAGAUAUUUAUGAAGCAGUUAACGCAAUGCCUGAUAAGCUGAACACAGUACUCUCAGGUAGUGAGUGCGGCUUAUCUGCUGGAGAAAAACAAUUAGUUUGCCUUGCUCGAGCUUUGAUUAGACAUAGUAAAAUUGUGAUGAUGGAUGAAGCUACUGCUAAUGUUGACCCUAAAACUGAUAGAAUCGUCCAUGAAAAAAUAAAGACCAUGUUUGCUGAAAGCACUAUGCUUAUUGUCGCUCAUAGGCUGAGGACAAUAAUUGAUGUUGAUAUGAUUAUCAUGAUGGAGGAAGGGACUUGCAAAGAAAGAGGCAGUCCUAAGGAGCUUGCCUCAGUUGAAAAUUCGCUGUUUAGAAACUUAAUUUUGCACACAGGCCCACAAGAGUCCAAAUAUUUGAUGGAAAAAUUACGAAUUUCUUAA